CCCCCCCCCACUGGCAGCGGAGACAAUUGUGCUUUUAUGGCUCCACGACGUUCAUGCAACCAGGAACGUGCAUUUGGCAGCUCGGAAUCGUUGGGGGUUGUGGUCCUUGCCUUCCAAUUGUGUAGAAAAAAUAACAAAGUCAAUUAGAUGCGGCAGGAUUGCUCGGGAGUGAGUGAGUGAGUGAGUGAUUCAGAGUUGCCUGACUCCCUCAGGUUAGAGAAUUGUGAAGAAUUUGGGAAGUUUUGUGAGGAGAAGAGUUUUAGAUUCGGAGGUUUUGUAUUUCAUUGAGGCGAAAGGCGGCGUCGUCGUCGUCGUUGUUGUUGUUGGAGGUGAUGGCGACCCUGGGAUUGAGAAUUCAGCAAGUUUACUCUGAUGGAGUUUGUUCUCAAUCACGUGUAAGCACUAGAUUUUAUGGCGAUAGGUGUUGCAAGUUCAAACAAGUGGCUAGGAAUGGCGCGGGGAUUGUGGUGCACAGGCAGCAAAUGAAGAUCACGGCUAUGGUGGCUCCAGCCACGCAACAGGUGGCGGAGAAUUCAGGCGAGACUGCAUUGGUGGAGGCCUUGAUUGGAGUGCAAGGGCGCGGUCGCUCUGCUUCGAGUAAACAGCUUCAGGAUGUAGCUGAGGCAGUGUCUGCACUGGAAGCCACGGGCGGUGUGCCAGAGCCUACAGGGUCACCACUGAUCGAAGGACGAUGGCAGCUCAUGUACACCACCAGGCCAGGAACCGCAUCGCCGAUUCAGAGAACCUUCGUGGGAGUGGAUGCUUUUGCCGUUUUUCAAGAGAUUGUAUUGAGGGGCACUGACGAUCCUCGUGUUAGCAACAUCGUCAGAUUCUCUGAACAAAUAGGCGAGCUUAAAGUAGAGGCAGCUGCAUCAGUAAACAGUGGAGAGCGGAUUUUAUUUCGCUUUGACAAAGCCGCAUUUUCCUUCAAGUUCUUGCCUUUCAAAGUUCCUUACCCUGUUCCAUUUAGAUUUUUGGGGGACGAAGCCAAAGGUUGGCUUGAUACAACUUACUUGUCGCCGAAUGGGAGCAUUCGGAUAUCUAGAGGCAACAAGGGGACGACAUUCGUUCUGCAAAAGGAUGUCGAUCCGCGGCAGCGGCUGCUUCGAGCAAUUGCCUCAAAGGCAGACGUUGAAAAGGAAAUUGAUGAGCUCGUCAAAAACAACCCAACAAAAGCUCCUACUGAUUUGUCUAUCCUUGCUGGAAAGUGGCGUCUUUUGUGGAGUUCUCAGACCGCAGAUGCUAAUUGGCUUCAAAAGGCAACCUCAAACAUUCCAAACUGGCAGAUAGUGAAACCGGAGACUGGAAGAUUCGAGAAUCUGGUUCGGUUUCUCCCCGGUGUUCGCCUGAGAGCAAGAGCACGUUCUGAAACCAUCUCCGAGACACGACGGUCUGUGAAUAUCGAGGGAGCGGAUCUGGAGUUGGGAGAGCUGAAAAUACCAUUGAAAAUAUCUGCGGAAGGCUACACUGAUAUCCUGUAUAUAGACAGUAAAAUCAGAAUUGCGCGAGGGAACAAAGGAAGUGUGUUUGUGCACAUCCGAGAGCCAGAUUCUGAGUAGAACUUAAGCCCGUUGGUCUUCACUAUUUUUGAUGGUCCUUUCAAGUAAUAUUUUGAAUAGCUGAGUUUGCAAAAUGCAAAAUAAAGAUUCAAAUGUCUGUGUUAGUGCUCCAUAUCACACUA